GAGGUGGCCCGAGCUCCCUUCUAGCUUCCCCUCCAAAACGCGGAGAAAGCGGGUCGGAUCGCGUCUAUCUCCAACCCACCCGACCAACGUCAUCAGGGCCACCCCGCUGACCAUUGUUUGCAUCCCUUGUCUGUCAGGAUUAUUCCCUCUUCUGCGUACGUACUCCGUAAAAAAGACUUCAAUAUCGUCAAAGCUAAGAAGUCGCAAUGCCUCGCACCACCAACAAUCCGGUCGAUGACCCCCGCAUCACCCUCCGCCUCAAAUGCGGCAUCCACACUAUCUUCCUCUUCGUCAUGCUAGAUUGGACCUUUGCCAAGGUGUCCGAAGAGCUUCUCCAGAUUCUCCACGACCGCUACCCCAACGGUCUUACAUUCAGCGUCGACUCCGAACCGGUCCCUCUCCCCGAAGGCGAUGUUAAGGUCGUCUAUGGCAUCCCACGAAACCCUAAUGGGGACUUGGGCCACGGGUGGAAGAGGCUAAAGGUGGAAGACGAGGACACGGUAGAAUCUGCCAAGCUUGCCGAUGUGAGCGCUGUGGCUUUUGCGCUGGUUGACCCCGAGACGGAGGGCAAUGUGACGUUUGAUGUCACUGUUCCGCAGUUGGAGGACUAUGAUGAGGAGUACUAAGCUAUGGAAGGGCACAUAAAAAGGCGUUUUCGCGGCGCAGUGGAUGAUUUUUGAGAUCGUCAUAAGGGCUUCUGGCGUCAUGGCGGCAAGAUCGGCGUUCAGGUUGAAGAUAUUGGGCAGAAAUGAAAAAGGCGGUUCGGCUAUGGGAAAAGGAUACAUCAUACAUGUAGCUGACAUGUAUCCCACUGGCUUUAGAUCGGUAUCUGAAAAGUCCAAGGUAGAACAUCCUUCCACCUCUGGCCACCCCUAUCUUGAAUUAGUUUAUCUUUUCCCACUACCCAAACAACAGCUAAAAGGCAGAACUUGUGAUGACUCCAGACUACAAAGACACCCUAGCCCACCACUUCUUUCCCUCCUAUCAGGCCAGCACCGCAACGUGACC